AGCCGGUGUAAACAGGGCUAUUUGCACGACUCUGAUCUUGGCCAGAUCUUGACCUAUUAACACGCAGUCGAUGUCAGUGAGUGUCGCUCAUGUAUUUAUAGAUUGGGGCGCUGAAGCUUUUUGUUUCGAGUUCGCGCGCAAUCGGAGUACGGACGAAGUAGAGGCGCGUCGCGUCCCAUGUAAAAUGUCCGCUAGGGGGAUCAGAAGGAAGAAGUCGUCGCUUUCCGAAGUUAAAGUUGCUGUGGUCGGCGCGCCGUCUGUGGGGAAAAGCGCUCUAACGGUCAGAUUUUUGACAAAAAGAUACAUCGGAGAGUACGACCAUCAACAAGACAGCAAAUACAAACACGAAGCGCUUCUGGAUGGAGAGCCGAUAUUAUUUGAGAUUCUGGAUACCUGCCCCAAGAGCAUAGAAGAGCUGCCGGGUAACGAUAUCGCCCAGUGGGCCGAUGGUCUGUUUCUCGUGUACUCGAUCACCGACCGCGAGUCCUUCAACUAUGUGCGGCGCGCCAAGCAGAGCCUGCAGCCUGAGAUACCGCUCGCUCUAGUCGGCAAUAAGGCCGAUAUGGUGCACUUGAGACAGGUGAGCCCCGAGGAAGGCGAGAUUCUGGCCAAAGAUUUCGAGUGCAGCUUCGCUGAGGUAGCCGCCGCCGAGCAAGUCAACCAAGUGGGCGAGGUGUUCCACGAGCUGUGCCGCGAGGUGCUCACCCACCGACGGCGCGCCAAGCACAGCCUGCUGGACCGCAUGCUCGGCUCCAAGACAGCUUACCGCGUAUACUCGCGGGGGAAGAGCGACAGCGCGUUACCGAAAGAUUAGCCCGCGCUCAAGCCCUCGGGGGCUAAGGGCAAUGCUGAAGCAAUGCACGAAAUAAUACCGAAUGGAAAGAUCCCACAACCCUGCGCUCAUUGCUCCUCUACGUUUUCCGUAUGCUGCCUCAUGUAAGAGUUCAUCGACUCAACGGCAGAAUACUUCAUGACUGUUUAGGAAUUGUUUACUUAUUUCCUAUUUAUGUAUUCGCUAAUUAAAUAAAUGUAGAAGUUUAAAAUUGUUGUCUUCGUAAUACUGGUGCGUUGUAAAGGCAGAGACAACAUUAUGCAUGAAUGGCAACCCUGAUUCGUGUCAUGGGUUAAGUGGGUCCCCUUUUUGAGAGAAAAGAACUGUUCAUGGUCGACUGAAACGGUAUGUUGUGUGCUAACAAAACGAAUAAAAUUCACUUUAGCUGAUCGUGCUCACAAAGAGCUAAAGUGAAUUAUUAGCUUACUUAAAUAUAAAUCGAUGGGAAUGCCUUGGAGUUAGAAAUGAUGGGACUAAAAUGUGGAUUGUCUUAUUAAAAAUAAUAUUUAUUCGUCGAUAUUAAGAAUUUUUGGAAAAUAAAAAAUAUGAGAAUAAUUGCAUGAUCAAAAUUAAACAAACGAUAUAACGUAACAAUUUAGUCCAAUUAAUUUAUUUAAGUGUGAUAAAACUAUUGUGAAAAUCUCAUGUUUGGUUGUUCGCUUGUUAAAGACAUAACGAGUUAAUUUGUGUAUAUUUAGUUGAUAUAAUAUUUACGGGGAAAUAAAGAGCAUUGUCACCAGAUUAAUCAAAUUAUAGCUGUUUCAAGUAAUACUGUAUGCACGCUGUUUAGCGAAUAAGUAGUUGGAAUUCAGAAUAUCACUGGUAGAUAUUUUUGCCUAUAAUAGAAAUAAUGCACUCAAUAUACCAAUAUACUCGUAUUAAUGUAAGUCAGUUCAGAACUUUUUAGAUAAUAAUCCUGGCCUUCAAGAGAGACUAUAUUAUAAUAACAAUCACUGCCGAUAGUCACUGCACGAUAAGUAUAACGACCAAUACUUAGUCGAUAAUAUUAUGACCACCUAAUGACCCAUCACUUCACCUGUCGUGCCAACAAACAUGGUGGAAGAACAUGGCCUAUUUACUAUUUAAAUAAGUAUUUUAAAAUGUUAUAUCGUAGUUAGAAGUUGAAAUUCAUUAUAUUCGCCACGGACAACUUUGCGACUGAAAACCUUACGUAUUCAGAUUUGGUGCAAAAAAAGUAUUAUACAAAAGCCAAAAAAAAAUAUUUACUAGGUAUAUUAAAUUUUAUCCGAUUCUAGUCAGUGUUCACAUAGACUUAAAAGUUAAGAAAUAUACUUCAAUUUAAGAAAUUCAAUAUAUUACUCAAUGCUAUGGCAGUUUAAUGUUCUAAAAAUAAUACAGUUGUUCACAUUAGAUAAAUAGUAUUCAAAGUAUUUACUUAAAAUAAAAUCCGAUCUAUUUUGUGCUUACAAUAUAAUCAUUAAAAAUAAUAAUGUAGUUAAAAAUCCAAUUUAAUUCAAUCAAAUAUAUUUACCGAAGUCUCAUAGAUAUAGAAGAAAAAAAUAGUCAUGAUAUAUUAUAUUAAAUCCAGUAGCUGUUGAAAUCCAAAGUAUAUUUUAGAAAAAUACACACUCUGUAGACGAUUAAGCUGAAUACAUAGUGUUUGUUCCACACGAAAAUAUACUAUUUACUAGAAGUAGAAGAAAUUGAAUUGUAGAAACCUAUGCAUUUUAUCUGUUAACGAAAAUAAUGUUUCGAUUUAAGAAUUCUGUAGAACAAUAAAGCAAAUUGAAAAUGUA